CUGGCUGAUACAACGCGGCGAUAAUCUUGUAGUGCGGUUAUAACCUUUGAUUCGAUGCGAUCUGUGCUGUAAUCAGUGUUCUUCGGGCACUGCAGUUGGCUCUCCACGUGACCGCUAGUUUCAGGCGAACCUCCCGCCACGAGGAUAAACCUAAUCCCGAAAUCAGAGAGGUGCGCCAGGCGAAGGUGAAAAUCAAACCUUCCCGCCCUCCUACCGGUUUUGUAGCCCCCCCGAAGAAUAACUGACCGCGCAAGUUUUCGGGUUUGAAGCAUACGCCCCAAUAACUGCUGUCGCCCGCAUCAGCAAAACCAGAAAGAAAUCCGAGCCAGAACAGAACAGAAGUCGCGCAGCUAUGGCGGAGGCUAAAUCGGAAAAGUCGCCUUUUAUUGGCAAAGUGCAGGCGCCGGUGACGCUGAAUCCCUCGUGGGAAUCCAAGCUGCCGCCCCACGAUUCCAAUGGCAAGGGAUCUACGUCGGUGUUGGCGAAAUUGGGCCUGCCAGCGCCAAAGGAUAAAUUCCUUAUCGUGUUCUUCAUAUUCCUGCUGCACGGCGUGGGCACCCUGAUGCCGUGGAACAUGUUCAUUACGGCCAAGUCCUAUUUCGAGGACUUCAAACUUGGACCGAACCACACUGUGGCCACGGAAGUGAGUUACCGCACCCAUUUUAUGCAGAAUAUGGGCUUCGCCUCGCAGAUCCCUAACUUGGUCUUCAACUGGCUGAACAUCUUUGUCAACUUGGGCGGCGACCUGACCACCCGAAUCGUCUACAGCAUUAUCUUCGAGAUGGUCAUUCUGCUGGUGACCAUUAUUUUGGCCAUGGUCGACUCCUCCGAGUGGCCGGGCACGUUCUUCUGGGCCACCAUGGUGUGCAUUGUGCUGCUGAACGUGUGCAACGGCAUCUACCAGAACACCAUCUACGGAAUUGUGGCAUCGUUGCCAAUCAAGUACACCGGCGCCGUCGUCCUGGGCUCCAACAUCAGCGGCUGCUUCACCACCGCCAUGGCCUUUAUCUGCGGAGAGAUCUUCUCGUCCAUGAGGACAUCGGCCAUAUACUACUUUGUGACCGCCAUCCUAGUGCUGCUACUCUGCUUCGACACCUACUUUGCGCUGCCGCUGAACAAGUUCUUCCGCCACUACGAGACCAUUAGCCGGAGCAGCGAAAAGAAAUCGGACUCCAAACAGCAGCUCAACGUGCCUUACUGGCAGAUCUUCAAGAAAGCAUCGCCGCAACUAUUUAACAUCUUCCUCACGUUUUUCGUGACGUUAUCGGUUUUCCCGGCGAUUCAGUCGAAUGUGCAGCGCUCCGAUCCAGAUUUUGUAGUAGGCAAAUCACACUUUGUACUGGUCUGUUGCUUUGCGACCUUUAACGUGUUCGCCAUGCUGGGCAGUUUGACCACAUCGUGGGUGAAAUGGCCGGGGCCAAAGUUCCUCUGGGUGCCAGUGGUAUUGCGCCUGGCGUUCAUCCCCCUGUUUGUUAUGUGCAACUACGUUCCGCCGGACUCGGUGCGCAAACUGACCGUAUUCAUCGACAAUGACUGGGUGUACUGGGGCAUCGCCAUCGCGAUGGCCUACAGCUCCGGCUACCUCAGCUCUCUGGGAAUGAUGUACGCCCCGCAGACGGUGCACACCAAGUACCAGACCACCGCCGGAAUGUACGGAGCUGCCAUGCUGAUUACGGGCAUCUUCUCCGGAGUGCUGUUCUCGUACCUGGGACCAUCUUUCGUCGUGUAGUCUUACAUUUUUUCGUAUGACACUUACUAACAAUUAUCAUUGCUCAUUGCUUUGCACUUAUUUGACCCAUGUUAAAUUUAGUUUUGUGCUCAGUACCAGUUUUAAGACCUGGCCUUUUGGUUUUGUGUUAAGGAAUUAUUUAAAUUCUUUUUAAUUUAAUAAAGGUUUUUUAGCUUGCAUUUUAAUACAUCAUCGAAAUUUUCAAAAGUAAUGCAUCCACGUAUUUGACACAUGUUAAAUUUAGUUUUGCGCUCAAUUCUAGUUCUAGGACUAACCCAUCAUUUUAACACGUUUUAUUUAAUAAAGUUUUUCAAUUUGUAUUUUAUUACAUCAACGAAAUAAUACAAAGCUAGUGGUACAAAUUUAAACAACAA